AUGUGGAUCCUCCUUGGAAACCGUCGUAAACGCCGGCCCAAUAUCAUGAUGGUCGGGGCGUCGUGCGCCCUUAUGCUUCUUUCUACAGCGGAGAUGGCGUUGAACGUGAUUCGCGUCUACCAGGGCUUCGUCGCCAUGGGACCUUCCCUUCCUGGCGGGCCAGAGCAAUAUUUUGAGAAUAUCUCCCUCCCUACGUUCGUUGCCAAGAGCUGUUUGAUCAGCGCUCAAAGUCUCAUACUCGACAUCGUCGUCAUAUUCAGGGCGUACGUGGUGUGGCAGAGCUUACCCGUCGUAAUUCUACCGAUACUCUCAUGGAUCGGUCUCCUCGUGGUAUCUAUAGGCACCAACGUUUCACUAGCUGGAAUGCAUCCUUCGGGAGGCCUAUCAUUACAGGAUAAUCCAUGGAUCACGUCGAUGUUCACCCUAUACCUAGCCACAAACCUAUCUGCCACCGCACUACUCGCCUACAAGAUUUGGACGGUCACGCGAGGGACAUCUCAGUACCGGUCCAGCGAAGGCCUCGCUCCCGUCCUCCGCGUCGCUCUCGAGAGCGGUGCCAUUUACACUAUCACGAUGUCCGCUGGAUUGAUACUAUUCCUGCUGCAAUCCCAGCUUGUGUACGCACUUAUCGACAUCUCUUCGCCCAUCAUUUCAAUCGUUAUGAACAUGAUCAUCGUCCGGGUCGGGCUCGCAGCGGAACGGAAGAAGCAUUUGCGCGCUGUACCUCGGCAGUCGAGCAGCGGCUUCAGCUUCGUCGCUGUGACCAUACCGAAGCCGCAUCCAGGUUACCUCCGCGAACGUCCGGAUUCGGAGAUGGCCCUUGGCGUGCCAUCGGAUCGGGUGGACGACGACGUGGAAAUGGGAAACGUCGUGAUGAAGAUGGAGCGACUGUUGCAGGAUGGUGGACCGUCGACACCGUAUUCGGAGAGUGAGACGACCGAUGACGCGAAGUCUGUGGUGGAUGUCGACGAUCCGGAGGACGUGAAGAGCGUAGAUCUUGCGUUGACCAGCGCGCGCUCGAGCGCCUUCCACGUCAUCACGGAACGCGACCUAGAUUGACCUAUUGAACCAAACAAUUCAGCGACGAGUAUCGAGUGCCCGUUGUUUUUCUUUCCCAGGAAGGCCUAGUGGACUUCAUGUCAUGGACUUGUACAAUGCGUCAUGGUGUGUAGUAUGUUGUAUCUCCUACGUCUUUUGUUCUACCACGGGUUCCAUGUGUACUACGAUGAAGUAUGAAAGUAGGGCAGGACAUCGUAUAAGCAACCUGUCGCGAAUGGAAUUUUGUACCAG